AUGGAAGUAGAUCUCCGUGUAGGAGGAAAUCCUGGCAAGUUUCCGUUCCCGCAGGCCACGCAAAACUCUCCAGAGUUAGAUUCUCCAAGUUUCCAGAGCAUUCGCCGCUCAGUUCAGUUCAGUUCCAGUGUCCGUUCAUCCGAAAAUAUGGAUUCCCAUGGAAAAAAGCUAUCGUCACAGAGGGUCCAAUUAUUGUAUUAUAAUUUUUCAUUCAUUCUACAGGAAUUAGAUAGAACUCUACCUGUUCUCAGCCCAGACAAAGCAGUGUUAGAUGCUCCUCCACCAAAUGACAUCCAGGUUACCUGGAUUGGUCAUGCAACUGUGCUCAUUCAAAUGGACAGUCUUAAUAUUCUCACAGACCCGGUGUUCAAUUAUUACUGUGGUAUUGCUAGUAUGAUUGGAGUGAAACGAUAUCGUCCUGUCCCUUGCACUGUGGAUGAACUUCCUGAUAUUGACGCUGUUUGUAUCAGUCACAACCACUAUGAUCACCUUGACUACAACACAGUCUGUAACCUUAACAAGAGAUUUGGCAAUAAAAUUCAUUGGUUUGUGCCAAUGGGACUUCUUAAAUGGAUGACAGAUUGUGGAUGUGAAAAUGUAGUUGAACUUGAGUGGUGGGAAGAACAUCCUCAUCCUAAAUUUACAGACGAAAACAAAGCAGUAAAGUUUGCCUUUACUCCAGCACAGCAUUGGUGUCGGAGAGGAUUAAAUGACACUAACAAGGUGUUGUGGGGUAGCUGGUCAAUUAUCGGUCCACGGCAUAGAUUCUAUUUUGCUGGUGACACUGGUUAUUGCCACAUUUUUAAGCAGAUUGGCAAGAGAUAUGGACCGUUUGAUCUGGCUGCAAUUCCCAUUGGAGCUUACCAACCAAGGGGACUGAUGGAAUUCCAGCAUAUUGAUCCUCAAGAAGCAGUCGAGAUCCAUGAAGAUGUCCAAUCCAACUUUUCUCUUGGUAUUCACUGGGGAACCUUUAAUCUAUCUUAUGAGCAUUAUCUUCAGCCGCCUAAAGAACUGAGGGAAAUACUGCACAGCAAAGGAAUUUCACAAAAAGAAUUUCAUACAAUCAAACAUGGAGAGGUCAAAGUCAUUACCAAGGAAGAUACAAAGUUGGCUGAAGCACGGCGUAAUGCUGUCAUGUUUGAAUCAGCCACUUAAUAGCCAUGUGCAAUUUAAGGAAAUAAAUUAUAAUUUAGUCUUAGUUAGAAAGGUUGUGUUUUAUAAAAAGUGAUAUUUAUCGGCCAAUGUAGUAACAGGCACAAAUUUAUAAUUAAAUUUAAAAUUUAAGUUCCCAUAAGAGGCAAUGCAUUAAAAAAAAUUCAAUAGAUAGGAGCGUUUUUUCCAAUAUUGCUUCAGUAAGAAUUUUAGUCUGGCUACAGCCUUUACUAAAUACUAAAUGUAGCAAAUUUCAAUUCAUCUCACUCAGUAUUCAAUUCUGUUUUCUAUAUUUAGCUGGUUGUUCAAUUUUCAGCUGUUAUUCAGAAUUCAACACUUUUAUUCAACAUUCAACUUAUCAUCCAACAUUCAAUUGUUCGAGAUAUUCAAUAUUCAACUUGUUAGUCAAUAUUAUUGAAAACUCUUUAUUCAGCAUUCAAUUCUUUAUACAAUCUUCAACUUUUUACUCUUUAGUCAACAAUCAACUAUUAUUGAAUAUUCAACUUUUUGUACAG